CCGUUUGUUACAUUGGAGAGCGAGCGAGGGGAGCAAAUGUGCAAGGCUGAGAGAGGGAGGGAGGAGAACGAGUGCGCAAAUAAGGCACAGCAGCAGCAGCACCAGCGGCGGCGGCAGCGUCAACGCAUCUGUGAAUCUUCGAAACGCCUGUCUUCAGCUGCCAAUCCUCUUGUACGUUUCCGAUUGAAAUUUCACGUCCUGAGGAACCUUCGCCAUCUACCGACACACUUUCUGAAGCUCGGUGUUUAUUCUCAGCUCGGCUGCAAGAGACUAUCUCCCGACCCCUUUCUAUUUAUUCCAGUUUCUUGAAUAUUUAAUGGAAAAUGGCGAUCAGCGCUCAGUCCUACGGUAUCUUCUGUCUCUUCUCAAUUCAAACUAUCCUCAUCAUUAGCGUUUCUUCGCCAGCAACGGGUAACCGGUUUCCCCAACACUACACAAUGAUGCACUGGGCAGCGCGCAUUGAAAGGGAGCUGGAGAAGGUUCUUCCACACGUCACUGGAAUCCAGCAGAUGAGAGCUAUCUACAACGAGAAGAAGAGCCAGUUUGACAUCAAGAAGAACAACCCCAAAGACCUGGUGGAGAGGGUGGCCCGAGACAUCGCCAAGCUGCUCAGCAGCAAGAGGAGAGCCCUGGAGAAGCUGGCCAGAGAAGCAGAGCAGCUCCAGAAGGAACACGUGUGGCAAGACGGUAUCAAGGAGAGAGACAUUCAGUACUACGAUUCGAAAGCGGAGUCAGACUAUUCAGAGGAUGGAGAAGAAGAGAAUCUGAUGGAGAACCCGUACUCUAUGCCUCUGGAGUUUGUGGAUGAUCCCAACUUUAAAAACAAGGUCAACUACACCUACAGUGCCGUCCAGAUCCCCACAGACAUCUACAAGGGCUCCCCGGUCAUCCUCAAUGAGCUGAACUGGACGCAGGCUCUGGAGAGGGUCUUCAUCGAGAACCGGAGAAAUGACAGCUCCCUGCGUUGGCAGGUGUUUGGGAGUGCCACAGGGGUCACCAGAUACUACCCAGCCACUCCGUGGAGAGCUCCCAACAAGAUUGAUCUGUACGACGUGCGCAGACGACCGUGGUACAUACGUGGAGCAUCGUCUCCGAAGGACAUGGUCAUCAUCGUGGACGUGAGCGGGAGUGUCAGUGGCCUGACGCUGAAGCUGAUGAAGACCUCUGUGAUGGAGAUGCUCGAAACGCUGUCAGAUGAUGACUAUGUGAACGUGGCCAGGUUUAACGAGAAAGCAGAUGCCGUGGUCCCCUGCUUCAAGACGUUGGUCCAAGCCAACAUCAAGAACAAGAAGAUCUUCAAGGAGGCAGUCAUGCACAUGCAAGCCAAAGGAACCACGGACUACAAGUCUGGCUUCACGUUUGCCUUUGAACAGCUUCUCAACGAGAGUAGCGCCCCGAGGGCCAACUGCAAUAAGAUGAUAAUGAUGUUUACAGAUGGCGGGGAGGAUCGUGCACAGGACAUCUUUGAGAAGUACAACUGGCCCAACCAAACGGUGCGGGUGUUCACCUUCUCCGUCGGGCAGCACAACUAUGACGUCACUCCCCUGCAGUGGAUCGCCUGCGCCAACAGAGGAUACUACUUUGAGAUUCCAUCGAUAGGAGCCAUACGCAUUAACACACAGGAGUACCUAGAUGUCCUGGGUCGUCCCAUGGUUCUGGCAGGAAUCCCAGCCAAGCAGGUCCAGUGGACUAACGUCUACCAGGACGCCCUGGGAUUGGGUCUGGUCAUCACUGGAACAAUGCCAGUCUUCAACCUGACAGAUGACGGCAGUGCUAAGAAUCAGCUUAUUCUUGGAGUCAUGGGAGUGGAUAUUGCCAUUAACGAGAUCAAGAAGAAGACACCGACAUACAGACUUGGAGCUAAUGGAUACAUCUUUGCCAUUGACCUGAAUGGUUAUGUACUCCUGCAUCCCAACCUAAGGCCCAAGAUCAUUAACUUCAGAGAGCCUGUCACUCUGGACUUCCUGGACGCAGAGCUGGAGGACAGCAACAAGGAGGAGAUUCGUCGCCAGAUGAUUGAUGGCAAAUCAGGGCAGAGGAGAAUCAGAACCCUCAUUAAGUCAGUUGAUGAGAGAUACAUCGACGAGGCUGUGAGGACAUACACCUGGACACCCGUCGAGGGGACAAAUUACAGUCUAGGGCUGGUACUGCCCACAUACAGUGAGAACCACAUCAAGGCCAAUCUGAGUGACCAGAUCCUUCAGGUGCAGUAUUUUGAAUCACUGCUGCCAAACAGUUUCGAGUCUGAAGGCCAUGUAUUCAUAGCUCCCAGAGAAUACUGCAACGAUCUGGAGCUGUCCAACAACAACACCGAGUUCCUGUUGAACUUCAUCGCUCUCAUGGAGAAGGUCACACCUGACUCCAAACAAUGUGACAACCUGCUCCUCCAUAACCUGAUACUGGACACUGGCAUCAUCAGACAGCUGGUCGAGAAAGUGUGGAAGACGAAAGACUUGUUUACGUACGGAUUCUUGGCCGUGUUCGCUGCGACAGACGGAGGGAUCACAAGAGUGUUUCCUCACAAGGCUGCGGAGACCUGGGAGGAAGACCCUGAGCCCUUCAACGCCAGCUAUUACCGCCGCAGCCUGGACAACAGGGGCUACAUCUUCAGAGCGCCCUUUCGCACCGCGAACGAUGAGCUGCUGAGCCCUGACAACGACACCAUUGGGAUCCUGGUCAGCACGGCGGUGGAGAUCACGGUGGGGGGGAAGACCAUCAAGCCAGCAGUGGUUGGAGUGAAGCUGGACCUGGAAGCCUGGUUGGACAAGUUUAAGAUCCUGGCCAGCAAUCACACAGACAAAGGAUCAACCAAUACGCAGUGUGGGCUGUCGGGUGGCUGUGAGAUGGACUGCGAAGUCAACAGCGACGACCUCCUGUGCUACCUGGUGGACGAUGGAGGAUUCCUCAUCAUGUCCAACCAGAAGGAUCACUGGAGCAAGAUUGGGAUGUUCUUCAGUGAGGUGGACCCCUACCUGAUGCAUGCCCUGUACAACAACUCCUUCUACAACCGCAAGCAGUCCUUCGACUACCAGUCUGUGUGUGCGCCCGUCCAGAGCAGCAACACUGGGGCCGCCCCCAGAGGGGUGUUUGUGCCCACCAUCGCAGACUUUGUGAACCUGGCGUGGUGGUCCUCCGCAGCGGCCUGGUCACUGUUCCAGCAGCUUCUGUAUGGCAUGGCCUACCACAGCUGGUUUGUCACAGACGAGGUGGAGGCAGAGGGCAUGGACUCCAGAGAGACCAGCUGUGUAACGAUACAGACCCAGUUCUACUUUUCUAACAUCACCAGCUCCUACGACAUGCUGCAGGACUGUGGCAACUGUUCCCGGCUGAUCCACGCCAAGAGGAUAAACAACACCAACCUUCUGUUCGUGGUGGCAGACAAGAUGCCGUGCAACACGUGCGAGGUGGAGAAGCUGUCCCAGGUGGAGACAGAGUUGAAGGACAAUAACCCCUGUGGAUACAACACAACACAGGAUAUCAGUACAGCACGGUACCGAAAAGGGCCUCUAUUCUGCUUCGACUACAACAAGGAUGAAAACAGAACAGACUGUGGGCGAGGACACUCUUUCCGCCCCUCCCUCCCGACCCUGCUGCUGAUUCAGCUCGUCCUCCUCUAUCCUCUCGCCAGUCCUCAUAUCCUGCCUCUCCUACUUUAACUCCGCCCCCGCUCCCCCUCCUUUCGCCCCCCCCCCAGCUCUUUACCCAUACAGCCCCCUCCCCUUGAUCCUCCGUUGCCCCCCCCGUGCCCUGCCCCUGCUCUAGUCAUAGGUAAUAAUAAAGGGACUUCCUGUCACUGCAGUGUGGAAGCCCUGAGUACUGCGCUAUACCCAGCUAGCUUCAGUUGAUGUCGCUUCGUGACAGUUGCAGGGCCUUUGUGUCCUCAGCCAGCCCCCCCCUCAGCUGGGGGGGGGGGAGCCCGGAUGAAGCUCCACCACCGGGAUCAUCCCAAGCUGUGUGUGUGUCUGAAAAAAACAAAACCCCUCCCCUUCGGAAAGGAAGAGAGUGGAGACCGAUGCCUCAUCAAAGACCUCCAGUCGUCAUGAAGUUUCGGUUUGUCCGUCUCUGCCCGCGAUUUGUCAGAGGCGCGAGGAGACCUGGCUCCCUCUCUCUCUCUCUCUCUCUCUCUGUCUCUCUCUCCGUCUUGCUCUCAUCCAGACCCUCUCAGAGCCUCACCCCUCCGCCUCUGCCUCUCAUUGGGGGCUAUGAAUCAUGCAGCCUUUUACAGCUAACAUAAAACAAAAGGAAAGGAGACAAAAAAAACAUAUAAGUAUAACAUCAAUUAUAAACUGCUGAAGUGAUGAGUAUUCAAAACAUGUUAUAGGCUAUCAUUUGAAAAAUGGAAGUGCAUAGGUGUAAAAAAAAAAAAAAAAAAAAAGAUUCAUUUAUGCACUGUAUCUACUUCUUGCCAAAAUGAGAUAGACUUUCAUGUGGUCUUAUUUUUAUAGCCAAAUUAGCGAGAAAAAACCAGGCUACUUGGGUAGAAGAAGUUGUGUGAAGAUGACAUGACAUGUCGUGUAAGACCCACUCAUCCUGUUCACCUCUCAGUCACUUCACUCCCAAAGUGGCUUCAAGGCAUUUGCUGUCGUUACAAAGUCAAGUGAUUAUACAAAGGCGCAUCGGUGUGGAGUGAUCUCAGUGUUAGCGACCUCUGCAUCCUUCGUUUCACGAACGCCGACGACGCUCUCGUCGAGGGUCGUCGGUGGGGCUGCGACGAGGGUUGUGAGAAUCGGAGGUACGGUUUGAGUGGGUCUUCUGGACUUCAGUGCUGUGGAUGGCGCGUCGUGUUUCCACCCCCCCCCCCCCCCCCCCUCCCCCGCUUGACCUGUGGGCCAUCCUGAGGGUCUGCUGUGGACAGAUGUUCUCUACCCCCAGUGCUCUCUGACGCAGACACUUCCAUCCACUGCCAACUCCUCAUGUGGCUGCUCUAACAACACCCCCCCCCCCCCCCCCCCCUCCUAUUGAUCCUCUGACUCGAUUUGGAUGUGUUUGUUUCUGUCAUCGCGACAGAUCUGCUGACAGCUCCCUCAGACUGCCUCCGAAGCCUCCCCUUGUGGUUCCAGGUGGGUGUGGGGGCAGGCUCGCGCUUGUAUUACCUUUUGGACGGAUGCUGUUCAAUUUCAGACCAUUUGCUGCUGGGGGAACAGGGGCUUACAGUACAUUUCCCACAAAACAAGUGCGUCAGAGGCCAAUCUAUAUGGUGAUGCACUGCAGCCUGGUGUAACCCGUUUAAGUACAUGUCCUUUGAUCAAUAUGAAGUGAAAUGUCAUUAGACUCCCGUGUUUAGGAGCCACUCUCUGUUUUAUAGUGCCUUGAUGCACUUUGUUUUGGAAAGCACUGGCUAUGUACAGCUGAGCUACUGUAAAGUAUCUUUAUAGCGCAGCCAUCUCUCCUCACGGCUGUGGAGCUACAUGAUCUUCAACAAGCAAAUGUAUUGGCUAUAGAGCUGUGGUAGCUUUGUAUAAUGCCACAUGAUUGGCUUAAAGUUAUUUUAGCUGAAUUUUGUCAUCCAAACGGCUUGGGUCAUUGUAUCUUUACAAAGCUACUUGACUGCCACCACAUAGAGUUACUGUACAGUACCUUUACAUAGCCACCUAUAGAGCUACACUAUCAGUAUAAAGCGACUUUAACUGGCCAAUAGAACUAUCUUUAUAGGGCCACCUGACUGCUGUUGUUGCAUUUCUGCCUGAACUGUAUGUGCGUUUGUGUUUGUGUAUGAAUGUAUGUUGGUUUGUGUUCACCCUCAAAGGGAAUGUGGAAAGGACGAGGGAAUGGCAGUUGUGUUAGCAUAGCUGUUUGUCAUUCCAAUUACAAUGGAUGCAGUGUUAGACAGUGUUGUUAUGGACAAAAAGAAAAAAAGAAGACAAAUUUAUCAGAACAAAAAAGAAAAAAUCCAACCCGUCUUUCCAGACCAGUUCGAUCAAUAUUGUUGUUGGGGAGCCUUGAGCUCCCUGCAUUCACACAGGUGUUUCGAAAGAAUGUUUCAUGAUGUCGGUGUGUUUCUGUUCCAAAGGCAACAUAGUGACUGCGCCUCUCUUAAUGCCUUAGUGUUCUAUCAAGCUGUAAUUCAAUGUUAUUUACAGUAUCUCUCACAAUUCUCUUACAUACACAAUCUCUCACUCUUCUCUCUCUCUCUCUGUCGCUUUCUGUCAUGCAUGCAGUGGACCUACUAGAUAUCAACCUUCCUCUCUGGGAGAUGGUUGAGCAGGUAUGGAGAGCUAGUUGUUUUAAGGGUUUUAGAUUCUGACCUGUCUGUUCAAUUGGAUUUUUAUUACACGCCUGUUUGAUUCAUGCUUUAAGUAAAGGACAUUCAAAGUUGGAAACCACUGACUCUGACUGUCCUUUGCCCUUCUCACUGUUCCCUAGGUUAUGUCCAGACAUCAUAAUCUUAACCCUUAACUCAAAACACUCGUAUAUACUGUAUAGAGAAUGAAAAUUCUAACUGGAAUAGGUAUAGUAACUGCAAGAAUCUGAUGUUCCUUGUUGGAAAAUUUCAAUGUGAGCAAUUUAAAUCUGGAUGCAGUUUGUUUAUCUCUCUUUUCUGCUCUCCAACCAAUGAAUCCUCUGUCAAACAUUACAUUCACUGUGUCACUGAAUGCGAUACAUCUGCCUGUGGAAAUGCACUCUCUGUGACUUCCUCUAAUCCUGACUCCUGGUAGUACGCACCAACCCACACUGACACACACACACACACCCUCAGACACAAAGCACACACAUGCACAACCUUACAACGCACUCAUGACAGCUCACGCACACAGCUGGGAGAUGUUUGGCACCCAACUCAAAUAAGCCAAGGACAUCCCUUUCCCAGGUGCCCGGUCCCAGUGUGCAGCCGACGAGUCCGAGGCGAGCUUAGGAAGUGGGUUUCCACAGAGCAGCAUGGAUGGGAGCCUGCCUCCUGAGGCACUUCGAUGUGUCAAACAAAGGUCAGAGAAUCAAGGUGGUGUCAGUGGACGUCCCAGUCGGGGCCAGCAGAUUGUGCUGAGGGGGACACAGGGCUGUUUUCUGUGGUUUGAGAAAUUUACUUUUUUGCCAAAAAAAUAAAAAAGACGAGAAACAAGGAACAGCUUGGGGUGAGAGGUAGGGGUCUGCUUUAUGGCCGUCCCCUAAAAAGGGGGGGGGGUCUCCAUGUUGCCCUUCUCCGGCCCCUCCCUGCCCUUGCCCUGUCCAUGUAGGUGUGUCUCUGUGGGAAAGACACGUGUGUAUGUGAUUCUGUAGUCUGUAGUCUGGUGCUAUGUGACCAUGUUUGACAAAAUGUGUUAAAAAAAAAUCUGUAACAAAAGAGUAAAAUCUGUCAAAUUUUAAGUGAAGUAAAAAAAAAAAAAAAGGAAUACAGUACUGCUGAUAAGUUUGAGAUCUGAAGUCGACAUUUUUUGGUUUUGUUUUGGUUUCUUGUGUGUGCGUGAGUGUGUUUGUGCGAGCGAAUGAUUUAGCUCCUUCUCUCUGGGCAUUGGUCCAUGUCGCUCCAUUCUUUUGUACAGAUGAAGCUAAAAAAAAGAAGAGGGCAAAAUUUGUAAAAUAUUGUGUCUGUGACUCCUUGUAAAAUAUUUUCAAAUUGUUUAUUACAGAGAAUCAGUUAUUAAAUAAUGUUCAUAUUUUUCACUUCA